AUGUCGGCGACGACCAAACUCGAUAGCUCAGGUUUACCUCUCAUCCCUCAGCCGACAGACUCACCUUAUGACCCGUUGAAUUAUCCAAACUGGUUGAAGUAUCUGAUACUUGGCCAAAUUUCCACUCUUGCCUUUCUCGCGACUCUGAAUGUUGCAAUCAUCAAUCCUGCAGUAGUCCCACUUUCUGAGGAAUUUGGCAUCGCACCUGUGACAGCGACGUAUCAGACCACCGUCGCUAUUGGCACGAGUUCGCUAGGCCCUCUGAUAUUCACGCCUUUCGCCAAUGUGUACGGCCGGCGUCCUGCAUACCUCUUUGCAGUCCUAGUUGGCUUUGCGUCCGCUGUGGCGUCUGCGACCUCCACUAGUUACGGUGGCAUGAUUGCCGCGCGAGCGAUAAACGGGUUUGGGCCCAGCGCAGCUAUGGGGCUUGGAGCUGGGACGGUUGUUGAUGUGUUCUACAUGCAUGAGAGGGGAAGGGCUAUGGGGGUGUUUACUUUGACGAUGACGAAUGGGGCGCACCUUGCACCAAUCGUUGGUGGAUAUGUUGCACGUAAUCUUGGGUGGAGGUGGUGCUUCUGGGUCGGCGCUAUACUGAACGCUGCUAUGUUUGUGAUAUGUCUCUUUGCCUUGCCUGAGACCCUGUUCGACCGUCCACUCACUACCGGACUAGAUGAGAAUCUCGCUGGUUCGAAAGGCGAGGUCAUUCAUGUGGAAUCUGACACGAAUGUGCGGCAAGAACCGUACGCUUCUCCUCCCAUGUCGUGGAGGACGUAUGCGAAUCGUCUUUGCCUAUGGGAUCUUGAGCGACCGACAGGCCGACGAAUGGAGGCCUCGGACUUCGUCGUCAAACCGCUAAGCAUGUUGCGCUACCCGUCGGUCGCAUUUCCGGCUCUGUUCUAUGCUGUCACGUACGGAUUUGCUUCCAUCGAACCGGCGUUGACGCUGGCUCCCAUAUUUACUCGGCUGUAUCACUUUGAUACCGUUAAGAACGGGUCGCUAGGGGAGCUUUGCUCUGGGCCUGUUACGGAUUACAUGAUGCGAAGGGCUCGACAACGUCAUCAGGGCGAUGGCGAACCACCCGCAGAGAUUCGUCUCCAAGGAAUAUGGACGGGGGCGAUCGCCGUGCCUGUUGGUCUACUCAUAUGUGGGUGCCGAAUACCCCUCGCAGGGGGAGACCGUAGCCUCGCUUACUUUUUCUGUGUUAUAGAUGGAUUCACCGUUCAGUUUUCCAACACCUUCGUCGCUCCAUGCAUUGGGAUGGCGUUGGCCUGUUUUGGCGAACGGCCUGUGGCUUGGUCGGGGAGUAUGUACUCUUUGAAGCUUCUAGGUGCACUCGUUCUACUCAUAUCUGUCCCUCAAACAUUUGCUGUCAAGUCCCACGACUUCAAGACAUGUUCUCAAGCAGGUUUCUGUCGCAGGGGCCGUGCGCUAGCCUCACGCGCCAAAGAAGCAUCGUCCUGGGCAUCGCCGUACUCGAUAGACCUCUCCACCAUUGAAAUCGCUCAUGACUCGGCCAAGUUCACCGCCCAAGUCAAGUCAUCUCUGUACCCCGACGUCAAGUUUGGUCUUGACGUUCGACUUCAUACGGAUGGCGUUGUACGCGUCAGAAUGGACGAGAUCAAUGGCCUGAAGAAGCACUACGACGAGGCAGCAUCGUGGGCGUUGAUAUCAGAACCCGAAGUUAGCAAGAGCAUGAAGUGGUCAGUCGGGAAGACAGAAUUCAAGGCCAAGUUCGGAGAGGGACAAGAAUUCGAGAUAGUGGUCCAAUUCAAUCCCUUGAAGAUCGUUCUGCUUAAAGAAUCGAAGGAACAAAUCGUGUUGAACGGCCAGGGACUCCUACACAUGGAGCACUUCCGGUCCAAGAAGGUGGAAGCUGGAGGAGAGCAGAAGCCUGAAGGGUCUGAAGGCGUGGAAGACGCUCAAACGGUUAUUAAGGUCCAACCAAACGCGUGGUUCGAGGGCGAGGACGAGGACGCGUACUGGGAAGAAACAUUUGGCUCAUGGACCGAUUCAAAACCCAAAGGACCUGAGUCUUUGUCUAUUGAUAUAUCAUUUCCCAACCAUGCAAAUAUCUAUGGCAUACCGCAGCAUGCGACACGCUUGUCCCUUCCCUCUACCACGGGCGAAUCGCCUCAUUUUGAGGACCCAUAUCGCCUAUACAACACAGAUGUCUUCGAAUAUAUCGCAUCAUCACCAAUGUCCCUCUACGGCUCCAUCCCUAUCUUGCAUGCUCAUUCUGCUGACUCAACCGUCGGUAUAUUCCACGCCGUGGGCUCGGAGACAUGGAUCGACGUAUCUCAUGCGACCGACAAGUCUACAGAGACUCACUGGAUCUCCGAAUCCGGCAUCCUCGACAUAUUCCUCAUGCCAGGGCCUACUCCUGCUGACGUCUUCGCUCAGUACGCAAGACUCACUGGAACACCUGUCCUUCCUGCGCAUUGGGCAUUGGGGUAUCACCAGUGCCGAUGGAACUAUAUUAGCUCAGAUGACGUCCGCACCGUUCAAAAGCGCUUUGACGAAGAAGGCAUGCCAGUAGAUGUAUUCUGGCUCGAUAUCGAGUACUCUCAAGAUCACAAGUACUUCAUGUGGGAGCCGAAGAACUUCCCAGACCCCGUUGACAUGAUUAAUGAUGUCGCUGCUACUGGUCGGCACAUGGUCGUCAUUGUCGACCCUCACUUGAAGCGCGUCAACGAGUAUCCUGUAUAUAAGGAGGCAUCUGAGCGCGGUGUACUCGUGAAGCCAAAGAGUGGCGAGGGUGAAUAUGAAGGAUGGUGUUGGUCCGGCAGUAGCUCGUGGAUUGAUUUCUUUAACCCUGGUGCUUGGGACUGGUGGAAAUCCCUCUUUAAGCCUUACCAACUUGCGAGCGGCGGCUGGUCGUGGACACAGAGCACCGAAGCGGUUCAUAUCUGGAAUGACAUGAACGAGCCAUCUGUCUUCAACGGUCCGGAAAUCUCUAUGCCCAGGGAUAAUGUCCAUUACAACGGUUGGGAACACCGAGAUAUACAUAACAUCAAUGGCAUGCUUUUCUCUAACGCAACAUAUCAAGCCCUUCUGGAACGCUCUGACCCUCCUCAACGCCCGUUCGUCCUGACGCGGUCCUUCUUCGCUGGCUCCCAGCGUUUCGGUGCUAUGUGGACCGGCGACAAUCUUGGUACCUGGGAACACAUGGAGGUGGGAGUCAAAAUGGUACUAGCUAAUGGAAUUGCUGGAAUGUCAUUCGGCGGGUCUGAUGUCGGCGGCUUCUUCGGCAACCCGGAGCCCGAGAUGCUUGUCCGCUGGUACCAAGUCGGAGCAAUGGCCCCCUUCUUCAGAGCUCAUGCUCACAUCGACACAAAGCGCCGCGAGCCCUACCUUCUUGAUCAACCAUACAAAGAUAUUGUUCGUGACAUCUUGAGAUUGCGGUACACCAUGCUCCCCGUGUGGUACACUGCUUUCCGAGAAACUACCGUCACAGGGCUGCCAGUUCUACGCCCUCACUAUGUUAUGUUCCCCGAGGACAAGAACGGAUUCGAUCUUGACGGUCAGUAUUAUAUCGGUUCGUCGGGUUUAUUGGUCAAGCCCGUGACCGAGAAAGGUGCUACCGAAGCGUCCGUCUACCUUGCCGAGGAUCAGGUCUAUUAUGAUUAUUUCUCUCACCAAGUUUAUCGAGGAUCAGCGAAAGGCAAAAACAUCACCGUUCCCGCUGCUCUCCACCAACUUCCUCUCUUCAUUCGUGGCGGCUCCAUCGUCAGUACCCGGGAACGCCCCAGACGCGCCUCCACACUCAUGAAGCGCGAUCCGUUCACAUUACGCGUUGCAUUGGAUAAGAAGGGCAGUGCCCGCGGAGAACUCUAUAUCGAUGACGGUGAAACCUACUCGCACCGCAAUGGGGAGUUUAUCUGGAGGCAGUUCUUCGCUGACAAGGGAAAGAAGGAGCUCCGUAUUUCAAGCAAGGAUUUGGCCGCUUUGAGGCCCAGCGACGCGGUGGAUGGCGUCGCCCUGAAGACUUUCAACCCCGCGAAUGAGUUCGCUAAGAGCGUCAGCGGUGUUCGGGUGGAGCGAAUCGUCGUCUUGGGGUUGGGAAGUAAGCCCAAGAGUGUCAAGGUUGAGGGUGGCCAAAUCCUCGAAUGGGAAUACACUCCUGGGGCUGCAUCAAACGACAAAAAGGAUGGUGCUGCCGGUGUCCUCGUUAUCAAAGAUCCGGCUACUCCAAUAGCGAACAACUGGGAAAUCUUAGUUCAAUUUUAG